CGGGCUCCCUCCGCGUGAGCAAAGACGUCCCGCGCUCGAGCUCGCCCUGCGGAGAGACGCCCUCGCUGGCACCGCUUCCCUCUGACCUCUUGAUUCAGGAGGUUUCUGAGGCUCCGAAUACCUCUGCAGCCCCCCCCACAGGAACUGCAGGACUUCUGUUGGCCCACCGAGGAUCAUUCUUCACCGGGAUUACUGUAUAACAUCAUCACCGAGCUUCCACCCCCUACCCUCCACCAUGAGUCCUGGUUUCCACCAGGGAAGUUUUCUGAUGAUUUCUGUAAUCAUGUGACACCACCUAUUGUCUCCCCCUUUUUCCUUUCUGGUUGUGAAAUACAUUAGGUGUAAGUUUGUGUCGUGUUAAUGUGCAGUUUUCUGCCUGCCUACCUUUGCCUUAUUUGCACCGCUCACUUCUGUCCAGUCUGCCUUACCUUGCCUGCUUAUGAUUUCCAUAACCACUCACUUGCAUAACCUGUAACAGUUCUUGCCUGGAGGAGGCAGCAUUCCCUACAGUGCGCUGCCUGAGAAAGAACAGUCAGGGCAUGGGUUUUCCCAUUGUAUUUUCCCAUAGAUCAAGUAUGCAAGUCCUCUUGUAAACUAUUUCUUCGCCAGCACAUGUCCCAAAAUAUCCCACCUGAGCCUUAGUCUUUGAUAACCUCAUCUGUAAUGAUGGCAAGAAGAACUGACUGCGCACUAAGACUGUGAGAACUUGCUGAUACAGCAUUGGUUGUAAUCUCCUUCGAGACUGUAGUUCAUGAAAAAAAAAACCCUUAAACUACAGGAGGAGGAAGAAAGAAGAUAGGGUUCAUUGGAGCUAGUCCUUGUUGAGGGAUUUUAUAAGUUUGAAAACAGCAAAGUGAGAGUCGUAUAGGCCUUGCCUAGAAAUUAGCCAGCACACUAUCCGUCUAGGUCCUAGGGGGACAGGAAAGGGAUUUUUAAAGCCCAAUUUUCUAGUCUCCUUUUGUUCAAGUCAAGGUCGUUAAAUAACUUGUUCUAGUAAUUACCUAAUAUAUUAGACAUUAAAAUGUUGGGGAAACGUAAGCGCGUGGUGUUGACAAUUAAGGACAAGCUUGACAUCAUUAAGAAACUUGAGGAAGGCAUCUCUUUCAAAAAACUUUCUGUGGUGUAUGGGAUUGGUGAAUCCACAGUUCGCGAUAUUAAAAAGAAUAAAGAUAGGAUAAUAAACUAUGCAAACAACUCAGAUCCUACAAGUGGGGUAUCCAGACGUAAAUCUAUGAAGUCAUCAACAUAUGAGGAACUUGAUAGAGUUAUGAUAGAGUGGUUUAACCAACAGAAAACAGAUGGGAUUCCAGUGUCUGGAGCAAUUUGUGCGAAACAAGCAAAGUUCUUUUUUGAUGCUUUAGGGAUGGAAGGUGAUUUUAGUGCAUCAUCUGGCUGGCUAACCCGAUUUAAGCAGCGCCAUGGUAUUCCAAAGGCUGCUAGUCAAGGAACAAAAUUAAAAGGAGAUGAAACUGCUGCCAGUGAGUUUUGUGGUAACUUUCAGGAAUUUAUUGAAAGAGAGAAUCUACAACCAGAGCAAAUUUAUGGUGCUGACCAAACUGGAUUGUUCUGGAAAUGUUUACCAUCCAGGACAUUAGUUCUUGAAACUAACCAAAAUACUUCUGGUUAUAGGUCAAGCAGAGAGAGAAUCAUUAUUAUGUGUUGUGCAAAUGCCACAGGUUUACACAAACUUAAUCUUUGUGUUGUGGGAAAAGCCAAAAGACCCCGUGCAUUCAAAGGAGCUGACCUUUCAAACUUUCCUGUCACUUAUUUCAGUCAGAAAAGUGCAUGGAUAGAACAUUCAGUUUUCAGACAGUGGUUUGAAAAAUACUUUGUGCCACAGGUACAGAAACAUUUGAAAUCCAAGGGGCUUCUAGAAAAAGCAGUGCUGCUUUUGGAUUUUCCUCCCGCACAUCCACAUGAAGAAUCUCUGAGUUCAGAUGAUGGCAGAAUAAUUGUGAAAUAUCUGCCACCCAACGUCACAAGUCUAAUUCAACCUAUGAACCAGGGAGUUCUAGCCACGGUAAAAAGAUACUACCGAGCAGGGCUUCUCCAGAAAUACAUGGAUGAAGGAAUUGACCCAAAAAUGUUUUGGAAGAACUUGACAGUGUUGGAUGCAAUUUAUGAAGUAUCAAGAGCUUGGAACAUGGUGAAAUCAAGUACCAUAACCAAAGCUUGGAAAAAGCUUUUCCCUGGCAAUGAAGAGAAUUCAGGUCUGAACAUGGAUGAAGGAGCCAUUUUAGCAGCUAACUUAGCAACGGUUUUACAGAAUACAGAAGACUGUGAACACGUUGACAUUGAGAAUAUUGACCAGUGGUUUGACUCACAGAGUAGUGACUCAAGCUGUCAGGUGCUCAGUGACAGUGAGGGUGUUGAGGACCUGUCCAAGCCUGCUGAGCAAAAGCCUCCCAGCAAGACCAGAAAAACAGAAGUGAAUCCAGAGAAGCACAUUAGCCACAAAGCUGCACUUGAAUGGACCGAAAACUUACUGGAUUAUCUAGAACAACAAGAUGACAUGCUUCUGUCUGAUAAACUGGUAUUACGGAGGCUGAGAACGAUCAUAAGAAGAAAGCAGAAGAUCCACAAUAACAAAAAUCAUUAAUAAUGCUCUGAAGGGUGUCAGAGUAUUUGCAUCUUUGUGACUUUAUCUGCAAUGGAACUUAAUUAUCUUGCUUGAAGUGCUAUGGAUUUCAAGGCCAAAUACAUUUUAUAAAUGAUUUUAGGAUUAGAUGCCAUUUUGGAUUACUUAAAUUACUGCUCUUUAAUGUCAAUUCUAGUAAGUGAGCAUUGACAUGUAACUUGUUUGUCUUUUGUUUCUAAUCUGUGUUCUACUAAUGAGAUCAUAAGGUUCCUGAGGCCAGGGAUCUUGUGUCUGUUUUGUGCCUGAAUUUCGUUGUGUCUAACGAGGACCAUGCACACUAUAGGCAAUCAAUAAAUCUGACUUAAAAUGAA